AUGGCUUUGUCUCAGUGCCUGGACGACUCACUUUUAAGGGCGAAGCCAACACACGCGGGGGCCGCGCAAUGUAACCUACAGGAGGUGUACAAUGAGGGACACAGGCUCGCCUUGGAGGAGCUGCUGUCCAGGGGAGUUGACAACUUUUUGGCGUUUCUAAGGAAGGAGUCCAUCGCCAACUUCCUGUCUGACGAUGAAAUCCAGCGGAUCAGGGCCGCGGUUGUGGCCCCGCGGUGCGUGUCGUUCCUGGGCGAGGACCAGAUGCCCCCGGAGCAGUCUCUAGGCAGCUCGGUUGACUGUUCAUCGGUCACUUACUUCCCUGAGGUGUCAGACGUGGAGCCGCCGCCGCUGGAGAUCGGCUGGCCCGCCUUCACUGCGGGAUCUUAUCGGGGAGUCACCAGGGCCGUGGCUCACUUUCAGCCAAGUUAUGGGGAGAACAUCUACGCCUGUAAAGAAGUGGCAAGGAAAAUGAUCAGCAGUGCCAGAGAGGUGAUUGCCAUAGUUACGGACUCCCUAACAGACCUGGAUAUCUUUAAGGAUCUUCAAGAGGCAUGUACUGUCCGCAAAGUCCCCGUUUACAUUCUGCUGGACCAGUCAAGCAGUCCCGCUUUCCUCAAAAUGUGCACAAACGUUGGUGUUAGCCUGGAUGACAUUCAGCAAAUGAGAGUGCGAACCAUAACUGGCACUACUUAUUACACAAGAUCAGGAGCCAGGAUCACAGGGAAAGUUCAUGAACGCUUCAUGCUGAUAGAUGGGAACCGUGUAGCUACAGGUUCAUACAGGUUCAAUUGGACUGAUGGCAAAUUGAACACCAGCAAUUUGAUCGAGCUUUCUGGUCAAAUAACAGAAAAGUUUGAUGAGGAGUUCAGGAUUCUUUAUGCACAGUCUCUUCCCGUCAAUACCCGAGGACCUGCAAUACUACGAAACAGUGGGAUCUUCGAGCACGUUCCCAGCAAGCAUCUGCUUACCUCCUCCCCAUACGUCAGCAGGGAGAGGCAGUUGGAUCAAGUGUGUCUAACCAGCACACCGGGCCUUAAAAUCAAACCUUUAUCCCUCCAACCUCCUUGUGAGGGCUCCGACCCAGAAGUGUGUCAAAACGCCAGCGCAGCAUCAAAUGCAUCUACUAAUGGUGAUGACUGGUUGGAUCAGCAGCACAUGCAAGAGGAAAUCCUGGCUGGUGGUCCAAGUCUUCCAGAAGAGGAGCUUGCUGCAAGCAAACCCUCUGAAAAGGCUGUCGUGUCCUGCCACGUGACCACUCAAACCAGUUUCUCAAUGGUAGAUGUCGACGCUCAAACAGACCCAGAUAUUUCCCCUGCGAAUGCCACAUUUAGCCAGAACGAGGCCCCUUCUCUCAGGCUGAUCACGCCCACCCAAGCCGCUCUCCGCAAUCUUACUCAAGAGCGCCAACACCGCUACUCGGCAAUCCGUUCCAAGCUGGAGCACAUCAUGGACACGCUGUCCCAACGGCGAGAGCUAGAAGACAUUGCCUUAAUGACUCUUGCGGGACAGGGGGUUCACAAAGAGAUGCUGGGGCCACACCCGAGGCUACGUUCCGAAAAUGAAGCUGUCGUCACAUAA